AUGGCUUGUGAAGAUUUUGGCUGCGUCCCUUGUUUUUGUGAAGGUCAUGAUGACGGCGUUUUGCGUGGAAAGACUCGUAAGAUUGAAGAUAAAUUCAAGAAACCAAUAUCAAUUGUUUUUCAAAACUUACUUAAAAGUGGGAAGAUCAAUGGAAAGAAAAAUGCACUCCAGUUUUGUGACAAUUACUUGACCUUCGAUCAGUUGGAAGACUUUUCAACAUCACUAGCUCUAGAUAUUAGAGACCGCAUUGGAAUGGAUGUUCAAAUUCGAAACCCAGACGGAGAUCCAGUUAUUGCAAUAAUAAUUCCCAAUUCAGAGAAAGCGAUCGUUAUCAUGAUGGCCGUUCUUAAAACUGGAGCCGCAUAUCUCCCACUCGACGAAGAAUACCCGGAACAUCUUUUCUUACGGAUUAUCGAAAAGUUUCGCCCAGUCCUCAUAAUCGCGGACGACAACGGCCCAAUAUUCAAUAAGUAUGACGCCAACAAGUUUUCGGAGUACUGCUCCAUGGUGAGUUUAGAAGAACUCUGGGUGAGAAUGGAAAUCCCGACGGGUCAUGUUCCCAGAAAAACGUCAAUUAAACGUGAAAUCCUGUCAGUUUUUAAUGAAAGUUCAGAAUCUCAAAAGUCUAUUCGCCCAGCGGGGGUAUUUCACACUCGAGGAUUUCACAGUAACCCGUACGGCGUUCGGAUAGGCCACGCUGCAAUUCUCAAUCGAUGCAUCUUCGAGUGGAAACAAUUAGACAUACAUGAACAUCAGUCUUGUUCUUUGACAACUCCGGUGUCCCAAGUGGACUCGGUUUCCCAAAUAUUUUCUGCCUUGCUGAAAGGUUGCACACUUGUCAUCUUUACGCGUGCAGAUAUGAAAGACGUGACGCAGUUUUUAAAAGAUGUGGCCAGCAAAAUGAUUAACCGAUUGGUUAUUCCGCACUAUAUGUUUUAUGAGGUGCUACGACAAUUGAAAGUUCUUGACCCGGAUGAUAGAGUUGAACUUAUGAAGUCAUUAUUGUGCGUCAAGUAUGUCGUUUGUCGCGGGGGAUAUAUUCGGCAUGUCGAUGUCGCUCACUAUUUUCAAGUAUUCCCAAACGUUCCCCUCGGAAAUUGUACAGGAUCUGCAGAAACUUCGGGUGACAUGAUUUAUGAUGUUUUUCGCUCUGUUAAGGAUUUUGUAAAAAAACGAGUCUUGGGGAGGGUGACAUUAGAGCUUGCCAUCAUAUCUGAUGGACAUCAAGGGGAACUGUGCAUCUCGGGAGCGUGUCUCGCUAUGGAUUACGUGGAUCCUGGCAGUAUCGAAGAUAAUAAACAUAAUUUUGCCCCAAAUCCGCAUGAGGACUCGGCAGGAUAUGAAAUGAUUUAUCGUAGUGGAGAGUACGGUCGAAUAAUUAAAUGCACCGAUGUUUUUACUCGACUCGACUUAUUAAUUAAAUUCGGCAUAGUUGAAGGCAGAGACGAUAAAGUGAUCAGACAGAAAGGUCACGAGUUCCAUCUCGAUGAUGUGAAACCAUUCCUUGAAGAACUCGAGUAUGCUGCGGAUGCUUUCCUUUAUGUCUUAAACAAAGGAAAACCAACACAAGAAAUGGUAGGAUUCAUUUUGAUUAAGCCUGGAAUUUCUCCACAUUCCGUUCCGCAUCCUCUAGAAAUUGAGCGACAACUUCGAAACAAACUCCCAGAAUGGGCAAUUCCUGAUGAUAUAAUGUUAAUCCAAGCAGUUCCAAAGCAUUACUACAAUGAUAACUGCCCCUUCUGCUUAAUUCGUGAAUUUCGAGAGCAGAGAGAACCACGAUCGAAUGCAUGGGAAACACAAUUGGUCGUUCCAGGAGACAGAAUGGAGGCAGCAGUCACUCUUGUGAAAGCCAUGUUCAGAAUGGCGUAUAUUCCCGUCGAAACAACAGUGGCGAAUUUAAAGGCAUCAUUUUUUGACAUUGGAGGCACGUCUUUAAGCACUAUUCCACUUUUAGUGUAUCUCAACAAACGAGGAUAUCCCAUCACUCUGCGAGACUUCUAUACUACGUCCAACCUCAUGGAGAUCAUUUCUCUGAUGACGCUCAAAAAACCAAUGAAUGAAGAGCCAGGGAAAAUGGAUGAUAAAAGUGAAGCAGACACUAGCAUAAUUGACGAUUGUGUUAUGGGACAAUGGGUCAAACCUAACUUUCACAUCAUGCUGGACCUCAAGGAAACUUAUAAUAUCGAACUUAUCCGAAAGCGCCAUAAAACUGCAGUGAUCAACAUAAUUGCAUAUGGAUAUUGCGAAAAGGGUGCCUUGUCACAAUACAAUAUGAUCAGCUACCAAGAAUUGAAUUCUUUUCUAUCAGAAGCCUGGUCUUCGUAUGUAGAGGAAAAACUGUCAAUCGUCGUAAUCGAAAAGUCGACGAACAAAAUUGUGGCAGUUGCCAUUUGUCAAGAUUUUUUUAAGCUUGUCGAUACUACGAAAGCAACUGGAACUUUGUACAACAUUAUGGAAUUUUACCAAGAAGUGAAGGGCAAUAUUUUGCUGUUUUUACCACAUCGAAUAGAUGAAACGCUAGAAAUAUGCUGGAUGGCGACACACACAAGUCUCAGCGCUCAAGAAAAUGUCAAAAUUAUAACAAUGCUGCACACAGAAAUUAUAAAACUAGCCCGACAAAAAUACUCUGGAAUAUUUCAUUCCACGGCAAAUCUGCUUUCUCGGACCCUGUGCACUGAAGUGUUCGGCUACGAAGUAUUUGAGGACUUUCAAAUCAACAAGUACAGGGAGCUGGAUGGAUCCCAACCUUUUCAUUUAGCUGGAGACAAUGCGGCUUGUGCGGCGUUGUACCUAAAGCUACGUGACCCCAACCCCCCUUCGGAAGCCACGUCGAUGACGGUUGUGGACCCUGUCCAGUACUUCAACCAAGUGAACCGCAAGCGGAUCAGUGGCAUCAAGUAUUAUCACAACACAAAGAGUAUCUCCGAUGUUGCUUAG